UUUUGGUGUGUAUUACUUAUUUUGUCAAACAUUAUUUACUUAAUUUUGACUGGUUUGUUGUACAUAGCAUUCAACAUUAAUUAAUUGAUUUUAAUGCAAAUUUAAUUUGGCAGAUCUAAUAAAUGAAAUUGUUAUAAUAAGUUACUAUAGCAUAACAGGCUUACACAAUGGCUGAUGAAAACGAAAGUUCUUCGGAAAAAUAUGAAAAAAUGUUCACAUUAAAAAAAUGGAACGCUGUAGCAAUGUGGAGUUGGGAUGUUGAAUGUGAUAUAUGUGCUAUUUGUAGAGUGCAAGUUAUGGACGCAUGUUUAAGAUGUCAAGCAGAAAAUAAACGUGAAGUUUUGGGAAAGCAGGAUUGUGUGGUAGUUUGGGGAGAAUGUAAUCACUCUUUUCAUCAUUGCUGUAUGUCACUUUGGGUCAAACAAAAUAAUAGAUGUCCAUUAUGUCAACAAGAAUGGUCAAUUCAAAGAAUGGGAAAAUAGAAAACUAAUCUAUGAUGUACAAUAUAAUUAAAAGAAUUAAGUCAAAUAGGAAGUACAUAUAUACAUACAUAUUUGCAAAAUGAAUUUCGUUUUAAAAUUUAAUAGCAGUUUUUAAAAGCAAAUUUAUAUUGUUUAAACAUUUAUAAUUGAAAGUAAAUUUAAGUAUUAAUAUUGAUAUUGAUUUUAAUAAAAGUAAGUUUGUGUGACAUUUACCAAU